CCAACACCAACCACCCAAUUGAUCCAUAACAUGUCUCCUCUUCCAGCUUGUAUCCGUAAAGGUGCUACUGCCGUCAUCACCGGUGGAGCAUCCGGUAUCGGUUUCGCCGCUGCUCGCCGUUUUGCGUCCGAGGGGAUGAAUGUUGUGUUGGCUGAUCUCGAUACGGAAUUGCUCACCUCUGCUGGUGAGGCACUCAAGAAGGAGGGGGCGAAAGUCAAGAUCGUGCCUACUGAUGUCUCUAAACUCUCCGACGUCGAGAACCUCAAGAAGACGGCUUACGACACCUUCGGCGCCGUCCACAUCCUCAUGAACAACGCUGGAACUGGGCACGGUGGUCCCAUCAUUAACGGAGAUCCCGACGCCUGGACUAAGCUUAUCCACACCAAUCUUUUCGGCGUCGUCUACGGCUCCCAAGUCUUCGCACCCGUCAUGAUCGCCCAAGGCGAGCCCUGCGCUAUUAUCAACACCGGCUCCAAGCAAGGAAUCACAUGUCCCCCUGGAAAUGCCGCCUACAACGUCUCCAAAGCCGGAGUCAAGGUCGCUACUGAGGCGCUGGCUCACGAAUUGCGUAACACCGAGAACUGCAAAGUCUCCGCACACCUCCUCGUGCCGGGAUACACCUACACCGGUAUGACCGCUGGCGCAUCCGGAAAGGGCAAUCAACAACCUUUGGAGAACAAGCCUGCGGCUGCGUGGACUGCGGAUCAGGUCGUGGAUUAUUUGUUCCAGAAGAUGCUGGAUGGAAAGUUUUAUGUUAUUUGCCCGGAUAAUGAUGUUAGUGAGGAUUUGGAUAAGGCUAGGAUGGCAUGGAGUGCGGCGGAUCCGGUUGAGGGGCGGCCGGCGUUGAGUAGGUGGCAUCCUGAUUACAAGGACGAGUUUGAGGGUUUCAUUGCUGAGAGGGUGGGAAAGAAAUGAGGUUGGUUCAACCAGGGAAAUCGUGAACGUAGCUCGCGC